AUGCUUUCUCGCGGAACAAAGAUUGAAGCUGGGAAAGUAAAAUACCCUAUUGUCAAAGAAGCAUUUGCAAAAUUCGGUAUCGAUAUCACUCAUGGUGAUCCUGAAGCCAAAAUUGUUUGGUUUGAUGGUACAAUUCCACCAGAGUUCUUUUUAACAUUAUUGCCUUACCAGAGACUUAACAAGAUUCCAGGUAUGGAUUACAUUUGCUUCAAAUCCAACACAUUCCAAGCAUUAAAUGCCUGCCGAUAUAAGUAUCCAAAAGUCUAUACGUUUUAUCCAUUAACUUUCCUUCUUCCAUUUCAAUAUUCAGAUUUUCAGCACGAGCAUCUUCGCGAAUGCAGUAGAACCCAUCAACCAGUAACUUGGAUUGUUAAACCUCGCGCUGGAUGCUGUGGAAAUGGUAUCAAGUUAAUUCAAAACACUUUUGAGCUUGCAGAAAAGAAAGAUUCCUGUAUAGUUCAAAGCUACAUCUCUCCUUUCCUUGUUAACGGAUACAAAUUUGAUUUUCGUUUCUAUGUUUGCAUUUCAACUCUUAAUCCUUACACCGUUUUCAUUUACAAUGAAGGUAUUGCUCGUUUUUGCACGAAAAAGUAUUCUCCUCCAACGAGACAGACACUUGAUGAUAAAUAUUGUCAUCUCACGAACACUGCAGUCAAUGUAACCAACGAAGAUGCUCCUCCUGACAUGGAUUUCACACGUAGAGCGUCCGAAGUCCUUGCAGAAAUUGUUGCAACAGAUCCACGCGGUGCUGGAUUAUGGGACAGAAUCAAAACUGCUGCAGCAUUGACUGCUGUGGCUAUUUAUUCCCCAAUAGUUGCACAAGUCCUUAAAGAUUCCCUAGAAAGAAAAACUCAUAUGAGAACUCAAGUUCAGCCACAAGACAAACUAAAGCACUCCGAGGAAUAUCCUAAUCUCGCUCCACUCAACAAAUAUUUCCAUAUUAUGGGUAUUGAUGUGUUAAUUAACGAUAAAUGCGAGCCAAUUAUUUUGGAACUCAACGAUCGUCCAUCAAUGCAUGUUACCUUUGAUUAUGAAGAGCAGCUCAAGCCAAAGCUUAUUUACGAUGCUUUAUCUUUAAUUACAACAGAUGGAACCCCUCCAGAAGCCGGAAAGACUUCUCCAAACUGGGAACAGAUUCUCCCUGUUGCUCCAGAAACUGCUCUCGGUCAAACAGUCAGCGAAAUUAUGGACAGUUUCAGACAUGAGUUAACUCCAAAGCUUGCUUUAAUGAAUUCCGCUAAGAAGCCUAAGUUCCCAUUCAAGACUUCAACAAAGACAAAAUUGCCACCUCUUAGACCCGCAUGCCAGUAA